CAAAAACCUCUGAAGUAAAAUUUAACUUCAAUAACGUGGGACUAGUUCACGGACACUGCUAUUGCAUAAUGUGAACAUUUGGUUCUUUUAGCAGGUCAUAGUAAGCAGCACGAAUCAGCUUUUUCAUAGGAGAUGGCCACCUUUUUCUCUGAGCUGGUUCAGUUCCAGGGACUAGUUCAAAUGAUCUUAGUGCUGGGAAUUGGUGGUAGUUUCCCAUAUGGAUUUCACAUUUCUGUCAUCAACUAUCCUUCUGUGCACAUCAGGAAGUUUAUUAAUGAAACCUGGACAGAGCGACAUGGCUCUCCUCUCCAUCCUGAGACAAUCAUGCUGUUGUGGUCCUUCAUUGUGUCUGUUUAUGGGAUUGGAGGACUCCUGGGGAGCCUCUGCUGUGGCUACCUGACUACAAGAUAUAGGAAAAAAAAGUGCCAAAUGUGCACCAACCUGAUCAUGCUGAUCGCUGCACUUUUCAUGGCCUUCAGUAAAACAGCCAAAUCCUUUGAGAUGAUUCUGGUUGGACGUUUUCUUUAUGGCAUUGGUACAGGUUUUUCUCUCAAUAUACAUCCUCAGUAUGUAGGAGAGAUUUCACCCAAGAAGCUGCGUGGAUUUACCAACUCCACAGUUGCUGUUUUUCUGACACUAGGAAAAUUCAUGGGACAGGUUAUUGGACUACGGGAGAUUUUAGGAAGUGAAGCUUUGUGGCCGUGGUUGUUAGCAUCUAGUGGACUUUCAGCAUUGGUUCAACUGGCUAUCCUCCCAUUUUUCCCUGAUUCACCAUCCUAUCUCCUGAUACAGAAGGGUAAUGAGGAAGCCUGCAGGAAAGCCAUCAGGAAGCUCUGGGGGGAAGGAGACCAUCAAGCAGAAAUUGAUGACAUUAUGAAAGAGAAGGUUGCAAUGACAAGCACAAAAACCUUGCGUGUCCUGGAAUUAAUAAAAGAGCGGUCUUUGCGCUGGCAACUCUACAUUUUGAUUAUUGUCAUGACGACCUUGCAGCUCUGUGGAAUCAAUGCAAUAUACUUCUAUUCUUUUGAAGUAUUUCACACAGCCAAAUUUGAAGAAUACCUUAUCCCAUACGUGUCCCUGGGAGUUGGAUUGUGUGAAUGCUUAUCCUCUAUACUGUGUAGCACCCUCAUAGACCGAUUUGGCAGGAAGGUGCUGCUAUGGGGAGGAUACACACUGAUGGGCUCUGUGCUAGCACUCCUCACCAUGACCCUGUCACUGCAGCACCAGUUUUUCUGGAUGCAUUACUUCAGUGUCAUCUUGAUCUUCCUAUUCGUUACCUUCUAUGGAAUUGGACCAUCUGGAGCUACUGUAUCUGUCAUGGUUGAAAUCUUCAGCCAGUCCUUCAGACCGUCAGCCUUCCUGAUUGUUGGCUGCAUCAACUGGAUGGGACUGUUUGUACUUGGGAUGAUUUUUCCACUGAUUGUUGAUAACCUUGGACCCUUCUGCUUCCUUAUCUUUUUGGGAAUCCUUGCUUUCUCAGCAAUUUUCAUCUACCUGUAUCUCCCUGAGACCAAGGGGAAAUCCAUCAUGGAAAUAAAAGCAGAGUUCAACAAGCUGAACUUUGGGAAAAAAGAAAUCUCAGUCAUUGAUAAUAACUUUCCUAAGGAACAGUGGUCCAGCACCAAGCUCUGAAUGCUCAGAGUAGAAAUUUGCAUCUCUUAGAAAAGACAGGAAACACUGUUGCAAUAGAACUAAGCAAGAAACAUUAAAACCAG